CUUGCCCUUGUUACAAUCCCCAUAGCCAAAACAGGAAGUGAGGGGGAAUUCCUGCAAAUUAAGGGAAUCCCUUGGGCCCCCCCAGGUAACCAGAACUAGUGCCCCCAUUGGAAGAUUUACCCUCUAUUACUUCUCUAGGGACAACCCAAAAUUUGUGAUUUUCGAUGAUAAGGGGGCGGACUGACAACUCAUGGGGCCCCUGGGCAAUAGGGGAUCAUGGGGCCCCUGUGUCCUUGCCCAAACUCAAAAAAGCCUAUGAAAAAGGUACCAGGGGCAUCUCAUGGGGCCCCCUACUGACCCUGGGCCCUCUGGCAAUGCCCGAGUUUCCAUAUGGUCAGUCCGCCCCU